CAGGUUUCAACAAACCAAACGUGGAAAACACUCUUCAAUUUGAUACUGCGUAAGAAGUCUCGUUAUUUUAUGAUUUCUUACCUUAGAGUCUCGCAACCUGUCUGACACUAACAUUAGCGCCGAGUGUGUGAGUUUAAGCUGAAACUGAUCAAACGGAAGUGAGGUCGUUGACUGCCUUACAGUUCUGCCUGUUCCCACGAUGAGGCCCGAUGAAGUUAGUGAGGGGAGUCUCAGACAGGGCUAAUGGGACCAGGCCAAAGACGAAGACAUGUGAUGAUGAAGACAUGUGAUGAUGAAAACAAACUUCAUGUGACCCAUGGCUAAUGAGCGGCUCAUAAAGACACCCAAUUGUGUUUUCUUCAGUCAGUGCGGAGUUGCUGAGGAGAGCCCACCAGUCAGCCUCUGUAGAUCAUUUCAACCCUAGAUGAAGUGCAGGAUGCAGACUAUUAAGACGGUGGAGACCCAAGUGCCCUUUCUGAAGGAGAGUUCCUUCAUUCCCGCUUUCAAAGGCAGGAGGAAGAGCAGCAUCACCAACCUCCUCUGUAAACCGCACUCACUCCUUAAUCAACACCACCAGCAACAACAAUGUAUUUUAGAGCAUCAGCAGCAUCCUAAGCAAUUUCUUCCCCCUUCAGUUGAAAAUGAACAAGGGCAGUGCGCUCGGGAGCAUCAGUGGCUUGUGUGUUUGACCAGCAGCCCGUUAUGCAAGACAGCUGAGUGUGCAGGAGCAGAUGGGGAUAGAAAGGAGGAGCAGAAAGAGGGGAAGGAUCAGAUAAUACACGGGGCUGUGCCAGGGAUGGAGGCAGAGCUGCGAGUGAGUGCUUGUGAGCCUGUGGCUGUUAGUGCCAGUCUCCUCCUCCUUUCAGCAUCAGUGGUGCUGGGGGAGCCAGCAUCAUUCUCACAGCUGCCUCUGACUGUUGUGGGCAGACAGCAGGGUUUAGGCAGAUUUGAAACAGCUCUGACUGACAGAGGACCAACAUCAAUAGCAGCCCAGGGGGAAGACCAGCAUGCCCAGCCUCGACCCAAGCAGCAGGGCCUGUUAGCCAAGGGUGUCCGCCUGAUCAGGAACAUGGGGAAUUCGGACACAAAGCAGAAAAGAGGAGGAGGAAGUGGUGGAGCAGCAGGGGAUGUUUCCUGUGAUGGUGAUAUUGAUGAGAGACAUGCAGACAAAAAAUCUAAAAAGUCCCAGAGUAAGAUAAGUAAAGGAGGGGGCAGUAGUGGUAAGAAGAAAUCAGGGUCCAAGAGUUCUGUGUUUUCUGGUAUAAGGAUCAGGAAAAAGGCAAAAGGAUUGGCCGUGGAUGACACGUUGGAAGGUGGGAAUGCAAGGCUGAAACCCAGUGCAGAGAGCCUGUCAGCUGACGACAAGGGCAUGCUAUCAGAUGUCGAGGGCAAUCUAAGCUAUUUGACCGGAGACAGUCACCAAUCUGUGCUGGAUGAGACUGGCCAGAAGACGAGCUCAGAAUCGGACCCUGACCUAUAUAGUUUUUACUCGGCAGCAGCUGAAAAUGAAGAUCUCUUCUUUGACAUCCAACAGGCCGUGAAAAUCAAAUGUGUGUCUAGUGAAAGCGUACUGGAAACGGUGACUGGCUACUUAACUGAAAUGUUGACCACUGAGGGAAACAAAGCCCCUGAGCAGGUAGUAUCUCCCAAGUUAUUUAAUCUGGAUAAGGGAAUUGUCUGUCCCCGCAUUAGUAGUGAAAGUGUAGCUGAAGAACUUGGCACGGAGUAUAAGAAAUUUGAGAACGAAAGUCAUGACCUACCCAUAUCUAGAAAUUCAUCAGGUCCAAGCUCCCUGAGUGAGAGUGGUCCAGACACAGAGGGUAGCAGCAGCCUUCCCCCAAAAACAAACAGCACAUAUAGCUUCCCUGACACUACAACCACCACCACCUCAUUCGAGAGUGCUGAGGAGCCCCAGGAUGAGCUGCUCUUCCAGCAUAGUCAAGGUAGUCUGGCUGCACAGAACUCUUGUGUGCCGGGUUCUCACUUGUAUCCCAUGGUGGCAGGGCCAAUGGGGGCUCACAAAAGUGCAAGCAGCGAGGACUUGUCUAAGGAGAGGGUGGAGGAAAAGGAAACCACGAGAUGGGACUUGUUCCUGAAAAGGCGGAAGAGUAGUUUUUCUUUUGGCCAGCUAACAGACAGCGUUGCGGUUCCUGAGUGUAGACGGGCUUCCUCCAGUUCCUCUUCAACUGUUAAAUUCUACCCUCCAGUCCUCCCCUCCUAUGUUAAGACCACCACCAGACAGCUCAACUCUCCAGUUGGCUCACCCAUCACCAGUCCCUAUGCACCCAGGAAAACAGAUGCCACCACUGCUUCAGUGGAAUCCAGUGGGGCCCAGGGUUUCGGGGUACGCAAACAACGUUCCUGCUCCAUUGCUGGGCCCAUCGGUGUGUCUGCAGACUGGAUCCCAGACCUGGAUGAGCUAAGAAGAAGGAAUGACGGCAGAGCCAAAUUUCCAGAGCAGCCGACAUCAUUGAGUAGUUACACAGGCGGGAUUUACUGGACAUUGGGUGCCAGGAGAGCGCAGUAUGGACGGCAGGCCUGUACAACUACAGAACCCCACCUGGAUGUCUUCUCUGGUCAUGCUCUGUUGGACAGGCUGUGUAUGCACCAUGGUGAUGGGUCUACAGAAGAGGAGGCGAAGGAACUGUGUCAGCGAAUGCUGGCCCAGGGUCUGCUGCAGCCCUUCGGCGAUAGUACUGCAAAAGUCCGUGGUGACAGCACUGGCUCAGUGGUCUUUAAUGAGGAGCAGCUGUACACCUGGGUAACUGUAGGGCUACCAGUGUCUGCCCACCUGUGGGAACUCUAUGGGGGGCAAACCACAGGCAGAGUACAGGGCUUGAGAUCCCCUUUGAAUCAGUCAUCCACCAAGACACCUGGCACUUCACACUCUCAGGGCCAGCAGGCUUCCUUGGCAAAGGGCAAUGGGGAUGAUAGGGGAGCUCUGGGUGAAGCCCACCAAAAGACCCCACCGAUGAGAGGAGGAAGACUGGGAAAGAUGAACCAGGAGGUGUCUGUUCAAACCUCACCUGUGGAGGACAGGUUUAGGUUUGACCUGCCUUUCAACAGAGGAUUGGGCAGCAUGUCCUCCACUGUUUCAUCCUCCAUCACAGAAUCUACACAGAACUUUGUCUGCACAUGCCAGCAGAGGCAACAGAGCAGCACCCAUCCAGCUCCUCCACCUCCACCACCACCACCACCACCACCCAUUCCCUCUUUGUUUUCUGGAGGUAUGCCCCUGCCACCACCUUUAACAGGAGGUGUCGCUCCUCCUCCUCCUCCUCCUCCUCCUCCCUUACCUGGGCUUGGACCUUGUCUACCACCACCUCCGCUACCGGGUAUGGGUCCUCCUCCACAUCUGCCUGGAAUGGGCCCCCCACUUCCGCCACCACCCCCAGGCCCCAUGCCCCCCAUGAUGGUCCAGGAAACUGCCCCUGGCAAGGCUCUGAUGGAGCCCCCCAAGCCAAUGAAGCCACUCUAUUGGACACGCAUACAGCUGCAUGCUAAAAAACACACUGGCUCACUGGUGUGGGAGAAAAUUGAGGAGCCAAUUGUAAACUUUGAAGAAUUUGUGGAAUUAUUCUCCAAAAGUGCUGUUAAAGAGAAGAAAAAACCAAUUUCUGACACAAUCAGCAAGUCCAAGGCCAAGCAGGUGGUGAAGCUUUUGAGUAACAAGCGUUCGCAGGCUGUGGGAAUUCUGAUGUCCAGCAUUCAUCUUGAUAUGAAGGACAUCUGCAAUGCUGUCCUAAAUAUGGACAAUACUGUCGUGGAUCUGGAGACUCUGCAAGCCCUUUAUGAAAAUAGAGCUCGGGAAGAUGAGCUGGACAGUAUUACAAAGCACAUUAAAUCAUCCAAAGACAAGGACACCAAGCCACUAGACAAGCCUGAGCAGUUUCUAUUCCAGUUGUCCCAAAUCCCAAACUUCUCAGAACGGGUGUUUUGCAUCCUGUUUCAAUCAACGUUCUAUGAAUGCAUCACCUCAGUCAUCCGCAAAAUAGAAAUUCUUCAGAGAGUAUGCAAGACUCUCAAAAGUAGUAAGUGUGUGUUGCAGGUGCUUGGCUUGGUGCUGGCUUUUGGCAACUUCAUGAACGGAGGUAACAGGUCCCGAGGGCAGGCUGACGGCUUCGCUUUGGACAUUCUGCCAAAACUGAAGGACGUUAAGAGCAGUGAUAACUCCCAGAGUCUUUUGUCCUACAUUGUUGCUUACUAUCUAAGGCACUUUGAUGAGGAUGCUGGCAGAGAGACGCGCCUCUACCCUUUGCCCGAGCCCCAGGACCUUUUCCAGGCCUCCCAGAUGAAGUUUGAGGACUUUCAAAGCGAUUUGCGCAAGCUGAGGAAAGACCUCAACGCAUGCUCGGCUGAGAUGGGGAGAGUUUGCAAAUUGUCCUGUGAAGAGAACCUACAACCCUUUAAGGACAAGAUGGAGGAAUUUCUUAGCCAAGCUAAAACUGAGCUGGAAACGCAGGAGAAGCAGCUGGAAGACAGCCAAAAGAUAUUCUUGGAAUUGAGCGCGUCCUUCUCGGUGAAACCCAAGGCAGGAGAGAAAGAGGUCUCUCCCCACACUUUCUUCUCCUUUUGGCAUGAGUUUUCUUCCGAUUUCAAAGAGCAGUGGAAGAAGCAGAAUAAGCUGAUAUUACAGGAACGGGUCAAAAUGGCUGAAAAGUGCUUCAAACAGGCCAGGGAGAAGGCUUCCUACAAUGUGAAACCCAAACACGCAACUGGAAUAAAAGCAAAGCUGGGUCAGAAGAUCUGAAGCAGAGAAUGGAAAAUUAUCAUCACUAAGCCUAUUGCAUAAGCACCGUUUGUACAGUCUGACAUGACUCACCAGUCAUUUUUAACAUGUAUUUGUUUUCAAUUGAUUUAGAGCUGUUUAUUGUGUGUUGGUUCAAAGUUGAUAUUAUGCAGACAUUAUUUAAAAGUGGAAUGAAAAAUCACAUUGUCAGCCAGCCUUUGCUAGCAUUAGCAUAAUUGAAUGAAACAUUGCUACCAAAAGACAUCCUUAAGCUAAGAUUAAGUGUGGUUGAGUCAUGCCAGAAAGUGCUCACUGGAGUCUGAAUUUGUAGCAAGACUAUAUCAAAGCUUUUUCAGUAAUUUAUAAGCCAUAUGUAGCCUAUUUUCCUUUAGUGCAGUUCCUAAGCCUGGUUUACUAGGAAGGCAUGGCCACUUACUCAUUCUAUCUCCCUUAAUGGUGAAAAAGCACAGAAUUUUGUUACAUUUCUAUAUGAUAGGUACAGUAGGGGUCACCUGCCACAUGGAAAGUGCCUUAUCCCAUUGUGAAGUGGUCAAGGUGCUGUACAGUGAAGCUAUAUUUGAAGCAUAUCAUCUGUAAUGACAUGUUGCAUGUAAAGAAUAUAAAUCAGACAGUCUUAGUUUCAUCAAUCUAGUGAUAGUUUUAGGUACAAAACCUGUGUUUUACUGUUUUUUUUUUUUUUUUUUUUUUUUUUUUUUUUUUUUUUUUUUUUUCUCCCCAUCCAGCAAGGCCCUGUAUACCUAAGUGGUGUGAUCUGACACUGACCUAUCAUUUUAAUCAGCAGAAUUGACUUGCUUAGCUUUAAGCAAAAUUUUAGGUAGUUUUUGCUUCUCUUGUGAUAUGCAAUUGAGCAAUAUAAUAUUGUAAUAUGUUUAUGUUCAUCACCAGUUUGUGUUGAUUGAAUAUCCUGAGCCAUGAAAAAAUAUAUUUAUUGAAUAAA